GGGGACCUUGAACUGCGGACAAACGGAGUGGGCGACCAGGCAGCGCCCAAAGUACAGGCGACAACAUAUUACUGGCAGUUAAGAGGAUCUUAUGGGAGGGUUAAAACAUCUAGCCAGGUUUCACAAAAUGUCCGACAAGAUUAGCUUAUUACCCUUGGAGCUCAUCCUUCACAUACUCUCCUACCUUCCCUUCGAGUCCUUGCUUGCCUUCGGCGAAACAUCUCGCGCCAACUAUGAGUCCCAUACCCUCUGUCUUGAAUGUCUACGAUUAGGGGUUUUUGAAAAGCGCAUUCACUCUGUGAUAUCCUUACUCCAGGCUGGCUGGACCACGCCGGAUCAAAUGGCACAGAUUUCCAGUCACAACAAACAAGCGAAUGACUACACAAUAUCCAUCAUCCAACCUGCCAUGAGCCGCCUUGCGAGUGACUUGAACAGCAAGCCUCUACUGAAAAUGAAAAGCUUGAAAAGACGGUGCCCUGCACUACUUGAGAAAUCCCGAACAUUGGAGCAGAUGAUUAGGGAGCAAAAUAGGGUUUUUUCCCAAGUGGUGAAUCGGUAUGGCCGAGGACUUAGGAAACUGGAGUUUAUGGCGUAUGAUCUUGACAGCGAGGGUGCCAUGGCUUUAGCUUCCAAAUGCAAAAACAUAUUGCAUCAUCUAGCAUUGCGCUUUGAGCAUCCACACAUUCGGGACGGCCCCAUCAGACCUAGCACUUGGCUGAAUCCUGCCCCGGGAAGUACAACAUGGAAUAUGUUUCUCGGUAUAGGACGGUAUCCCCAAUAUGGGCUUUGCGGGCUACAGACGUUGAUCCUGGAGCGGGCGGGCAUCACACCGUGGCAGUUGACCAUGCUUGUGAAGAAAAACCCCAAGCUGACCGUUCUCAAACUGAGAACAUGUCGCGGUGCACAGCCUGAGUUUUUGAACUGGCUAGGUGGAGUUUCCUACGAGCCAGAAGAGCGAGGAAUAGAUGAGAACAGUCUAGCUCCUGGUCGGAAGCUCAAAGUGCUCUGGUUGGAAAACUGCCACCAGGUACUUGCCCAUCCCAUCGAAGACUAUGAACAUCUGCCCAACGAAUUUUGCGACUUUGGCCUUGAAUGGGUCAGAGGUCUGACCAGCUUGCGUUCUCUAUCUUUCAGCGAGAGCGCGAAUAUCCCUCCCGAAUACAUUGACAGGGCCAAUAGUGUCCUUUGGAAGAUACCAGAAGUCAUCUUGCCUUAUUCUGGCCAGGGGGACAAGGCCCCUAUUGAAGUCGAUCCUGGGUUAUUGUAGUUUACAAUGCUUUUUUAUGUUUAUUGUUCUUAUCUUUUUCUUGUUCUCUAG